GAAUGCAGGAUCCUGGGAGACCAGAUAUAGUGAAUGCAGGGUUCGGGAGACCAGAUAUAUUGAAUGCAGGGUCCUGGGAGACCGGUAUAGUGAAUGCAGGGUCCGGGGAGACCAAAUAUAGUGAAUGCAGGGUCCGGGGAGGACCGGAUAUAGUGAAUGCAGGGUCCGGGGAGACCAAAUAUAGUGAAUGCAGGGUCCAGGGAGACCGGAUAUAGUGAAUGCAGGGUCCUGGGAGAUCGGAUAUAGUGAAUGCAGGGUCCUGGGAGACCGGAUAUAGUGAAUGCAGGGUCCGGGGAGACCAGAUAUAGUGAAUGCAGGGUCCGGGAGACCGAUAUAGUGAAUGCAGGGUCCGGGGAGACCGGAUAUAGUGAAUGCAGGGUCCUGGGGAGACCUGAUAUAGUGAAUGCAGGGUCCUGGGAGACCAGAUAUAGUGAUGCAGGGUUCCGGGGAGACCAGAUAUAGUGAAUGCAGGGUCCGGGGAGACCAGAUAUAGUGAAUGCA